ACUAAUGAUGUUUGACAUUGUCUUUUUUACGUCAAGAAAAGGACGUGGCAUGAAUUGAUAGUUUGGAAGGCUCGGCCUUUCCUGUGGCUCUGUAUUUGUGACUGGUUCCUAGUGGUACAUGUUUGUACGGGUCUGCGAGAUGCUCCAUGCUCUCGUGGUAUUUGUAUAUACGUUGCGGGGGAGGUUAUGCGACCUUUGGGAAGAUCGUCGAUCCCACCUGACUCGUCUCAGAGCCCAGCCUAUCAUCAUCAUAACGAACGAAAAACCGGGACAGGGGUAUGUCACCGGCAGGGUAAGAGGCACUCUUACCCCUGGGGGAAUCAAAAACGAAUGAAGAAAAAAAAAGAUGACUCCCUCGGGAGGGGAGGAGCAAAAACCGAAGAAUCAUAAUACAAUCACACGCCCA